AUGGGCCUGUUCAAUCUCCCACAACUGCGGUACCGCAGCCCCUGGGUCCAGAACAUAAUCAGCGGCGUCUGCGUCGGCGCAUCCGCGGGCAUGUACAUCGCACUGAACCUGCUGGGCGCCGGCGGCGGGAGGCCCGACUCAGCGCAGGUCGUCCAGGUCGUCAACGCCACCCUCUGCUCCGUGUGGUUCUUCUCGUCCUCGUUCGGUGGCAGCAUCCUGAACAAGCUCGGGCCCGGCGUGACCAUGUGCAUCGGCGUCCAGACGUACGUCGUGUACGUCGGCUCGCUGUGGUACUAUGACGAGACGGGCCUCAAGGGAUAUCCCUAUGCAGCAGGGCCAAUUAUUGGUAUCGGUGCUGGCAUGGUGUUCAUCACGGCCGGGUAUAUCUCGACUGCGUACCCCGAGGAGCGCGACAAGGGCUCCUUUGCUACCAUGCUGAUGAACAUGCAAGCGCUGGGGUCUGUGAUUGGCGGCAUCAUCCCUGUCAUUAUCAACAGGAACUCCGCCACGGUCGCGGGCGUCCCCCGGUCGGUCUACAUAGCCUUCAUCGUGAUUAUGAUCAUCGGUGGGCUCUGUGGCCUGCUGCUGCUCCGCCCGCAGGGCCUGAGGCGCGAUGAUGGGUCCGUGGUUGCAGUCCAUCCUCCCCGGGGUGCCUGGGCGGAGCUGAAGUCGAACCUGAUGAUUUUCACGGAUCCCGUGCUGCUGAUCAUGGUGCCCGCUUUCUUUCCAUCUGAGGGCUUCUUGGUGUACAGUGGCUCGGUUAAUGCCCAUUUGAACAACCUCAGAACGCGCUCAUUACUGUCAUUCGUUGCUGUCUGUCUUCAAAUCCCGGCUGGAUGGGCGUUGCGAUCGAUUCUAGACCAUGAGACCUGGGGCAGGCGAAAGCGUGGACUCAUUGGCUUGACAACUGUUUCUGUUCCUUUGGUGGCUGCCUGGGUGUGGGAGAUGAUCCGAACUCGAAACUAUGAUAGAAACUCGUCGCCUACUGAUCCGACUGACUGGGAUGAGCCGAGAUUUGGCUGGAUAUUCAUUCUGUUUAUGCUCAAUUGGGUAUUUUCUCAACUCUGGCAUAACAUCGUCUAUUACUGGAUUGGCGCGAUCACAAACUCUCCCCAAAAGCUCACGCAUUAUGUUGGCGUGUUUCGUGGAGUUCUUGGUGCGGGCGAAGCCAUCUGUUUCGGCCUUGACUCCAUCAAGAUCCCGUUCAUUGCCGAGGCAGGGGGCAUACUGUUGUUUUAUGCCAUCGGCAUUUGCAGCUUUUACUACCUUGGCAUUUAUCAUAUCAAGGAUACGAACUACGACCACAGGGAGGAGGGUGCAGUGGUUCCUAACCACGUCUUGGAAGGGAUGCACGUUAGAGAUGUGCCAAGCGCUCGGGAGACAGGAAAGAGAGACGUGAAUGUGAGCCAAGAGAAUGCUGUUGAGGCAGAAAAGGUCGAGUCCUAG